CGACGACGGCCGUGUUCGACACGAUGAAGAUCGUGUUUGUCGUUCGACCCAAUGACGAUCGUGUUCGAUACGACAACCAGAGUGUUCGACACGACAAGGAUCGUGUUCGACACGACGACCAUCAUGUUCGACACGACGAUGACCGUGUCGGACACGACGACCAGCGUGUUGGACACGAAAACGAUCGUGUUCAACACGACGACCAUCGUGUUUGACACGACGACCAGAGCGUCGGACACGACAACGAUCGUGUUCAACACGACGACCAUCGUGUUUGACACAACGACCAGCGUGUCGGAUACGACAACGAUCGUGUUCAACAUGACGACCAUCAUGUUCGACACGACGACGACCGUAUCGACCAUCGUGUUCGACACGACGACGACUGCGGUGAAAGUUUUGGAGAAAACUUGUUGACGUCACCGAUAAACCAGCACUGGAUAU